AUUUUGGAAACUCCCCUGGGGGUGGGGUUAUCCCUCUACUGGCCCUGACCCUCUAUAAAGGGCCAGCCUGCCCUUCAGAGGAUUCCUGCAGAGGAUUUUGAGACAGCCCGUGGAUCUCUCACAGCCUCUGUCCACAGGUGCCAUGAAGGUCUCCGCGGCUGCCCUUGCCAUCAUCCUUACUGCUGCUGUCCUCUGUGCUCCUGCAUUGGCCUCCCCAUAUGCCUCGGACACCACACCCUGUUGCUUUGCCUACAUCUCCCGCCCACUGCCCCGCAGCCAUGUCAAGGAAUAUUUCUACACCAGUGGCAAGUGCUCCAACCCAGCAGUCGUCUUUAUCACCCGAAAGAACCGCCAGGUUUGUGCCAACCCAGAGAAGAAAUGGGUUCGGGAGUACAUCAACUCUUUGGAGAUGAGCUAGAAUGGAGGGCACCUUGAACCUGAACUUGCACAAACUCUCCUGUUGCUGCUUGCUCUUUUCCUAACUAGCUUGGGAGGCUUCCUCCCAAUCCCUCACCUCCACCUCCUUCUUGAAGGACACAGAUUCCACCACACAGCAGCAGUUCCUCACCUAAAGCCUGGAUAAGCUACAAGGCUCUGCUCAGUCAAAACAAAGCCUCUAGGCUCCAAGCUUCAGGCUCCUUGACUUGGCCAUGGCUCUGUGACCAGGAAGGAAGUCAGCGUGUCUCUAGAAGCAAGGAAUGAAGGAAGACGGGGCUCCUGAGCUCCCAUCUCAGCUCCUCCCAAGGGCUGACUGGCAAACGUGAAAAUUCAGCUUUCCAUUAAAAUUUUCAACGCAGUUACAAAGCAGGCUCUUGGUUUGACUUCCUCCUC